GAACAGCGAGAAGCACGUGCGUUGAAAGAGUUAACCCCUCCUCGCGCAUCCACCCUGCCGAGAGAAAUAGGCGGAGUUUGGGUUCGCACAUAGUUUUUGUAUGUUGAAGAGGGCAGUCACAGUGUGUGUGUGAGGGAGAGAGAGAGAGAGAGAGAUCGACAUAGAAGGGGCUCAACAUGGAAACCAGAUUAGGCGUAACAUUGUGAACUAGUCAACGAUGUUCAAUUGAAGAACCAGCAGCUCCGAACUCACCGCCAACACGGGAUUAUUAUGCCCAGCGCCAACGUGUCCGUGCGAAGUUUAUCCGAAGAGGAGAAAUACCUCAGCAGCCGGAUGGACCGAAGUACUGAGGGCAGUUUCCUGAGCAUCUCGGGGUCGAUGCAUCAGGGUUCUUCAGAGAACAAUCUGGACCUGGAUCUGAGUGACGGAAGUCCUGGUGCUGCUCUGGGCUUCGAGGUCCAGCGUAGUCGUUCCGGCUUGGACAACCUCCAGCAAAAGAUACUGAAAGUCACGGAGCAGCUGAAGAUAGAGCAGACGGCCCGGGACGAGAACGUGGCCGAGUACCUGCAGCUGGUGAACAGUGCGGACAAGCUGCAAGUAGGGCGCAUCAAGCAGGUGUUUGAGAAGAAGAACCAGAAGUCGGCUCAAAACAUUGCCCAGAUGCAGAAGAAGCUGGAGCAGUACCAUCGAAAGAUGAAAGACAGGGAAAUCCACCACAGCCCCUCCCUUCGCCCGUCCACUGUAAAACACAGCACCUUGCCCAGGGAGUCUCCCAGAGAGCUGCUGAAAGACAUGACCGGCAGCGGCCGACACCCGACCAUGGACAAGAUCAAGACCAUCGGCCCAGGUGUUUCGCUGUCCCCUCCUUUCUUCUUCAGCAAGCCCAGAGAGUUCGCCAACCUCAUCAGGAACAAGUUUGGCAGUGCUGACAACAUCGCCCACCUCAAGACCACGCUGGAUGCUUCCUCCCCGCUGCCCACUGACAGUGCAGGGAAGGGACUGAGCAGCAGCACCUCUAUGGUGGGCAAGUCCAAGUAUCCCAGUGAUGAUGAGUGCUCCUCGGGGAGCGCCUCCAUUUCAGCCGAUAGUAACGGGAACCCGGCGGGGGGAGGCGUGCCGGCGGGGCAGGUGUCGGGCCAGCAGGCCGGCGGAGACAGCCAGAGCAGACUGGCUCUGAGUCUGGAGGAGGUGAGGGAGAUCAAAGAUGCCCAGAGCCAGCUGGAUGAAGACAUAGAGGAGAUGAAGGCUCAGUUCAAGAGAGAGUAUGUCACCAUUAGCCAAACACUGCAGGAAGAGAGAUACAGGUACGAGCGUUUAGAAGACCAACUAAAUGACCUGACAGAGCUUCACCAACAUGAGAUGACUAAUCUGAAGCAGGAACUGGCCAGCAUCGAGGAGAGGGUGGCCUACCAGGCUCAUGAGAGGGCCCGGGACAUUCAGGAGGCUCUGGAGUCGUGUCAGACGCGGGUAUCCAAGCUGGAGCUCCAGCAGCAGCAGCAGCAGACGGUCCAGAUCGAGAGCCGUGACGCCCGGGUCCUGCUGGUGAAGUGCAUCAACAUCAUGCUGGCCAUCAUCACCGUCAUCCUGGUGUGUGUCUCCACUGCGGCCAAGUUUGCAUCUCCAAUGAUGAGGAGCCGGCACCACGUAGUGGCUACCUUCCUGGGAGUUUGUUUUUUGACCAUUUUCUGGAAGAACUGGGACCGUUUACAGUACGCCAUAGACAGGUUGCUGGUGCCUGCCGGAUAGUGAAGAGUGCACACUGAUAAUAAUAGUGCAGAAACAUGGACGCUGUCUGUUGUCAGGAUAGGACUGUCUAAGAGGAUUGGUUGUACAAUCAUCAGAAGACACGACCGCCGCGUAUUUACAGAGGUCAUUGUUUUUUAAAGUCAUGUUUUCCUUGUCUAGAACUGGAAUGUCUGUUGCUAACAACUUCCAUUUAACCGUUAAAAUAAUAUUUAUAUAACAGUAAACAAUUUUACAUCUCCAUUCAUUGCUAUGAAUCUUCCCAAGACAUUAAUAGUCGAUUCAAGGAUCAACAAGGGUGGAGAGGAGUGCACAUGAGACUCACUCUUGAUUAUUCUUUCUAAUUCUGUUUCAAGUCAAUUUUAACAUCUCGCAAAUUGUUGAAAACAUGCACGCACACACACACAUGCACGCACACACACACACAAAACCUCAAGCUUGGCAUCUUGUUUGCCACAGCUAUGAAAUGCUAAUGACACCCUUGAAGGUAUAGUUUGACAUUUUGGGAAAUAAGCUUAUUCGCUUUCUUGCGUAAAGUUAGAUGAGAAGAUCAAUACCAUUCAUAUCAGUACAGUGAAUAUUAAGCUACUGCCAGCUGACAGUUCGCUUAGCUCAGCAUAAACACUGAAAACAGGGAAGCCAGCUGGCGUGGAUUUGUGCAAAGGUCACAGAAUCCACCUAGCAACACCUCUGAAGCUCAAUAAUUAACACGUCAUCUAAACAGCUUGUGUUUUUCGUAGAAUAUGACACGUGAGUUAUGUGCAAAACUAUUUCUUCUGACUCCAGGAGGCUCAAGAAAUAGUCUGGCACAUAACCCACGAGUCGCUUUUAAACUUUUUUUGGGUUUGUUUUCAGAGACAGAGACAGCUGAGCUAUUUCCCCCUGUUUUAGCAUUUAUGCUAAGCUAAGCUAACUAGCAACUGGUUGCAGCUGAAUAUAGCUUUCAUAUUUAGCAUAGAAACGUGAGAGUGGUAUCAAUCCUCAAAUCUAACUCUAAAAUCAAAAGGCAAGUUUCCCAAAACAUUGAACUAUUCUUUUAAAUGAAGAAUCUACAGGCUGAAGCACAGAGGCAUUGGACAACCUGUUGUUUUUUUUAUUUUUUGUGUGGGAAGUCAUCCCUUAAAGUUGUUUCUCUGUUUACUGUUCCUGAUGUUUAAAGUGCAAUAUAUUUGAUUUCUAAGAGCUCUGUUUUUUCGGAGUGAACGUUUUUACGUCGAUGUUUUACAGUGACAGUGUGCUGCUGCUGUUGGGGUUGGGUGAGGAAGUGCCAUUCAUGUUGGCAUGGGAGAUUCAUAACCACUGAAGCUGCUGCUGGGCUCUUAUGAGACCAGCUGUCUUCUCUCUGAGGGGCCAAAAAUCAAUCCCUCCUCAUUACCGCGCUGGUAGCAAGGAAAUAUCCACGGCAACCACGGCAGGUCCCAGUGCAGGCACACACACGCGCACGAACACACACACACACACACACACACACACGCACACACAAACGACACACAACAGAGACCAGAGGCUCUCUUUAUGUCUUAAGAGUCUGAUUUUUGUCUUUUUACUAAUAAUGUGAUUGAGAGGCUUUGGGUUAUACUGUGAUACAGGGCAACAAAGAGCCUUCAGUACUCAUUUUCUGAUGACAGAGGAGCACGUGAGAGGCUCGGAGUGAUGAUUUACGAGCCAAUUUCUGACUGAUUUGAUGAGUUCUUUCAUGUUUGUCUUACGAACAUUGCCUAUGAUGAUCUCAAGUGAAGCUACGGACCACUUUUAAAUGUUUGUCUGCCAUAAUAACAUGUUUGUGUUGUUUGUUGUCUACUGACUGUAUCAUAUCGUUUUUUUUGUCGUUCAUGUUUUGACAUACUUGAGGAAGUUUCACCUACACAUUCGGUUUACAUGCUCUUUUCCUCUCUGGUGCACUACGUGAUCAAUCAGUUGUAUGUUCAUGCAUUACGUGCCUUUUGUCUGACACUUUCUGUUAAAUUAAACAAUACUUUUAAAUCAA